GGAAGACCCAAUAGCCAUCAAACUAGGAUGGGUGAGUUGGCUAUUCUUUCUAUGGGUGUCUUUUCGGGAGCCCCACGAUUAGAUGUUGCUUCAUAUCUAUGGACUCAUUUAAAAAAGGAAUGUGAAUCGGGGUGUGAGAUCUUCAUUGGGGGAUACAUACACUACAUUUGUACCAAAUUUGGCUAUCAGGAUAACAGGGAAACAUGAGAGGAUUUCUUCCUCAACCUCAAGUUCCUUCUAACUGCACAUCAUUUGAGCUCUUUACACACUAUUGGUGACACGAGGUAUUUCGAUUGUACCAUUUAUCCUACCCCAACCCAAGUUUAUACCAUCCCCACUGAAGACCUCCCCAACAUCUUUAAUCAUCAACUCGGGGAUAGGAGACACGUUUGCCUCCUCGGAACUACCCCGAUCACUACCUUGAAGAAAUCCCACAAAUUGAGCCUCCACCAAUCCCCGAACCACCGCAAGACCAACCCCAAGAUGACCCCCAAGUACCUCAAUACCAAGGUUGUUAAAAUCUCGAUUUAAAUCGUAAAAUCAUACGAUUUUACGAUUCUACAUUAAUAAAUCGAUUCAAAUUGCAGGUAAAAUCGUAAAAAAUCAUACAAAAAUCAUGUAGAAUCGUUUAAAAUCACAGCAAAAUCGUAAUCAGUUUGUUUUAGUGAAAAUGGUUCAAAUUUAUUAAAAUUAACUACUACAAAUUGAUACAUAAUUACAUUAAUUAUAAUAUCAAUAGUAUAUUUAAAAAAGUAAUGGACUCUUGUGUUAUUUAAUUAUUUUUAUGUUUAAUGUUAUUAUUCACUACAUUUACAUUAUUAAAAUAGUUUAUAAGUCUUGUUUUGGACCUUUUAGGAAUAGUUUUAUGUAAUGAAAUGGUAUAAUAACAUUAACUUGCAGCUUAAUAUUAAUAUUUAUUUAUUUUAUACUUAUUAAGAUAUGUUUGAUAAAAUCUUACGAUUUGCGAUUCGAUUUUACGAUUCGAUUUUCAAAAACAUCUACCGAUUCGAUUCAAAAAUACGAUUUUAACAACCUUUCUCAAUACACCCCCUUUGAGCAACAGAUGCUCAACGGCCUAAACACCCUCAAUCUCAACUACACUCAACUCAGCGAAGAGGUUGGCCAUUAUAGGGAAAAGGUUGGCCAUUAUAGGGAAGAACAAAGGCAGAGCUUUGAGAGGAUUGAAAAAAACCAACAUCGAAUUUAUGGUCCUGUGUUUAUCUAUUUCAACCAACAAGGUUUAUUCUCUAUCUUCUCCACCCCUCCACCACCCCCCACUUGUUAUGACCCCACAUGUUGGGGUAAUUUUGGAGGCUCCAGCUCUGGAGGGGAUGGACAUGGUGGAGGCGACUAUGGUGGCGUUAGCGGCGAUUUCGGAGGCAGGAAUGGCAGCUAUGGCGGCAGCUCAGACAUGAACGAGGAUGAGUAUCCAUAUGCGGGCGGUUUUCAUGACAGCUACUAUGGCCAUGGUGGAUCUUUUGAAGGAGGAGAUGCUGGCGGGCACUAGGGACAGUGUCAUGGACUAGCUGGGGGAGACUAUUCUAGUAUGCUCUCAUUUCAUACUCUUUAUUCUUGCUUACAAAAAAAAAGCUUGUUAGGUUGAAAACCCAAAAGGGCAACUUAAGCAAAAUAAAAGCAAAAACAAGAGUGAGUUUGUGAGGAUAAAAGGGAAAAUGUGGGAAGCUGGGAUGAAAACCCGAAAGGGCACCUAGGCAAAAUGAGAGAAUGAGAGAAAAUAUUUCUUUUAUCUUUGCAGAAUCCUAAGGGUACACAUGAGGAGCAAAAAGAAGAGGAAUCCAUUGAUGUUGAAGUUUUUUUUUGUUUUGAUCAUCGAAACAUUCUUAUGUUGAUUAUCGAAAACACUUGUGGAUGGUUGUGUUUGCUGCUAUUGUUAUGUUGAAAACUUCAUGGACAAGAUAUGUUUUACUCGAGAUGAGUAAAAGUUCAAGUACGGGGGUAUUUGAUAUGCACUAAUUAUUAGUGCAUAACUUUACAUUUUUAUAUUUAGUUGUAAUUUAUUUUUGGAAAAAAUGAUAUUAUUAAUCCCAACUAUUCACAGUACGCGUUUAAUCAUCCGUAUUAUGACCGGAAAGAAUAAAGAUGUGCGAUUCUUCACCUGCAGAUCUUCAAAAGCGCAAACCACAUAUUUCACUUUCCAUGUGAAGCUUUCAGAGAUCUUUCUGCUAAACAAUUCUACAACGAAGUUUGUAAAUCGUAACGGAGAAAGAGAGCCGUAAUUAAACAACUAAACCUAAGAAAGAGAGUCGUGACUGUAAUUUUAAUACAUACAAGAAUCCUGUAUAAUCAAUUAUUCAAUUCCAUUUGAUUGAAAAUCACAAUCACUCUCUCAACCAUCUAGAAAUAAUAUCGUAGAUGACAACUUAAAAUCAAUAUGACAACUUCCUAAGAAAAAUUCUGAGCACAAGAAGAGUUUGUUGUCUUCUCCACGUUGUUGUUCAUGUCACCCACAGUUCUCCGAUAAUUUGAAGCUCUCCAUGUUGUUCGGCAUAAAUGAGAGGUUUAAACGGGAGAAGAAAAGUGGACCGAUAAGUGCCUCAUGCGCUCUGCUUUACCUUCAAAUGUCAAGGGGAUUUUCUCUAGGUGUUAAGGGCCAAGAGGAAGGUUAGAGGAAAACCAGUGGUUUAAAUGUGGGGGUAUCUGGAUGGAUUAACCAGUUUGUAUGUUUAAA